AAUGAGCUGGGUCAGGUGUCAAAGGGCUGGGUCGGAUGGGGUGUCAAUGGGCCCUGUGCCAGGUGUCAAUGGGCCAGGCCAGGUAUUAAUCGGCUGGGCCGCCUGUCAAUGGGUCCUGUGUCAAUGGGCCGGGCCUCAGAAGACUAGUCCCUGCUGUGCGGUGUGUCAAUGGGCCGUGCCGGGUCUCUCUGGGCCGGGUAUCAAUGUGCUUGGCCGGGUCCAUGGGCCGGGCCGGAGCGAGCGCGGGGAGCUGCUCCCCUCACACACGGCCGAGGAGCGGGUUCAGCCCCCGCCGCUCGGCAGCCUCCGGCCAGCAGGCGGCGCUGUGUCUGGCGCCGGGGGAGAGCGACGGGACGGAACGCGCGACCAGCAGCGCGCGGCGCCGCCAUGCCUUUGUGCUGGGGUCUUGUUUUUAUUGGAGGUUGAAGGUGCCGGGAUGAAGCCCCAGAGACCAGGUCUAGCUCCGCCAGCACCAGGGCAAGCGCUCCCCUCACUGAUAGCUGUGGAGGGAACGCCAUCUCUACCGCCACCCUUCUUCUUGGCCUUUGUGUUGAGGCUGCCCGUAAGGGGCUGGUUUGUGCCCAUACGAUGGCUCCAUGGGGAGAUCAGGCUGAGAACCCACCAACUCAGCCACCUUUGAACUGAAGUCCUGUCGUGCCCUACCUGGUUUUUAGGAGCCCCCAGCGAGCAGAGCUUUACGGGGCUGCGUGCCAGCACUGGGGAGGGGCUGGUCCACACCAAUUUCCAUUCCAGGCCCGUGGGCCAGCUUGUCCUGUGUUUAAACAGACACGUCAUUCACUGCUGGGAAGCAGAACUGGGUGUCUGUGGUUGGCUGGGGAACGUGCAGCUUCCUGUGAGGUACUUGUGAAAGAGGCUGGACAGCGUCUCCGGGGCCCCAGUCAGAGCAGAAGCUCUGAGUUGAUCCCCAGGCAGGGAGGAGACGCAGAGCACAGGAGCUCGACGAGCAUUGAUGCUGGGCAGGGGUGUUCAUUCAAGAAGGAAGCAGGAGGGGGUCUGGACCGGACAUAGUUGCAGAAUGUCCACCAUGACUCUGGGCCUAACUGUCUGGCCCUGGGUCCUGUUCUGCCUCGGAGCCAUCCCACCCUCGAGAGGGAGCAGUUGGGAGAGUGCAUCCACCGGCCCCCUUCUCCAGCACAAGCCGUUUGUGGUGGUGUGGAACAUGCCCACGGCCCGGUGCCACCAGCGCUUUGGGGUUGCCCUGCCUCUCGAGGACUACACCAUCGUGGAGAACCAAGGCAACGCAUUCCAGGGCCAGAACAUGACCAUCUUCUACAAGAACAAAUUUGGACUCUACCCGUACAUCUCCCCGGAGGGCGAGCACCACAAUGGGGGGAUCCCCCAGAAAGUCCGCCUGAAGCAGCACCUAGAGAGGGCCACAGUGGAGAUCACCCAGCUUCUGCAGCCAGACUUCCACGGGCUGGCUGUGGUCGACUGGGAGGAGUGGAGGCCGCUGUGGAGACGGAACUGGGGCCCCAAGGCAGUGUACAAGGAGGCCUCUGAGCAGUGGGUCCAGGAGAGGUUCCCAGAGAUGUGCGCCAAGAAGCGAGCCUACUUGGCCGAGGAAGAGUUUGAGGGGGCAGCCCAGGAGCUCAUGGAAAGGACGCUGGUGCUGGGGAAGAAGCUGAGGCGCUGGGGUUUGUGGGGCUUCUACAGGUUCCCUGACUGUUUCAACGAUAACUGGAGGAAGGGGGGGAAUUACACGGGGGAGUGCCAUGCCAUGGAGGUGCUGCGAAACAACCGGCUUAUGUGGCUCUGGGAGGCCUCCACCGCCCUCUAUCCGAGCAUCUACCUCCCACCUAAGCUUCUGCCGGCCGAGCGCCAGAGUUACGUCCACCACCGCCUGCAAGAGGCCUUCCGGGUGGCACGGUUUGGCCUGGAGCAGCCCCUGCCUGUGAUAGCAUACUCCCGAGUCUCCUAUCGGCACUCUGCCAGGUACCUGUCCGAGGCUGACCUGGUCCAUACGAUUGGGGAGAGCGCAGCGCUCGGCGCCACCGGCCUGGCACUGUGGGGGGACAACUCCUACUCCCGUUCAGCCGAGAGCUGCAGGAGCCUCCGCCAUUACAUCACCCACACCUUGGGGCCCUACGUGGUGAACGUGACGUCGGCGGCCCAGCUGUGCAGCCGCCAGCUGUGUCACGGGCGUGGACGGUGCGUGAGGCAGCACCCUGACGAGCUGGGAGCCUUCCUGCACCUCCGCCCGCAGCAGUGGGGAGCGGAUCCCAUGCUGACCAAUCACCUGGGCACGGACAAGCCGGGCCAGAGGGCAUGGGGGCAGUUCUGCUGCCACUGCUACCGCGGAUGGACGGGCGCCAGCUGUGAGAAGCAGGCGUGGACCGAGCCCAGCAGGGGCCCUGACUGCACUGUGCCGGCCCAGUAUCCGGACAUCUGCAUCGCAGUGCGGGACAGAAACACGAUGGGCUCCCAGGUCUGCCCUAAGCCUUCCUACGAGGGGAAGAUGGAGCUCAGGUGACCGCCUGGAUCAGGGGGUGGCUCAUGGGACCUCAGCAGGUCCCCAGACAUGGAACCCGGGGAGAAGGGAGCCUGUGGUGGUCGUGGAAAUUCCUGCACUGACAUGCCCUUUAUUCCUGGCUAGACGGAUGAAUCUGCCACAGGAUGAUCAACUGUUCCUAGGGGAUCAGCCGGGACUGCCCAGUCCAGCCAUAAGAAUCUAUCCUUCCCGCCCACAAAUAAAACGAUCAAUGAAUCCAUGCUGGGAUAGCCCCUUUAAAGGGGAGGAGAUGCCCAGUCUCAGACGAGUUCAUCCAGGGGAGAUCCAGCCCCGUGGAACACACCCAAUGUGAGCUGCAUCAGCAGAGACAGAACCAGGGCACCUUCCGCCCCCAAAGCACAUGCCCCAACCCUGUGAGCUAAAGGAGUAGCUCCAUAAGUCGCUCCUCGUAGGAGGUUCUUAUCUCCUCUGAGAGCCAGGGCUAGCGAGAGCCACAAUGGCCAGUGAGUAACGGGCACUCAGUUGCCUGUAGAUCAGCAAGGAGCUGCCUCGGGCAAUAAGUCACAGGCAGUGGGGGAGUUUGGCAGGGAGGAUGGUACAGUUCAAAGGCCCCAAAUCCUCAGGAGGCAGCAUGACUUCCCCACCCCUGGCCUCCUCCCUGCCCCCAAUGCCCCUAAGCCGGAUCCCCCCCCCCUCCCCCAACCACUGCAUUUCUGGAACAGGGCCAGCUGCACAUGUUCUUGCUGCCAUCUCAAGAGGGGCCCUGGCACUGUGCAAAGGGCUGGGGGUGAGCUGUGAUGGGUCGCGGCCAUCAGAUGCUCUAGUGAGGGGAGCAAGCCAAGAGCCAUGGGCUCCCAUGCCUUGGCAGCGGGUCAGCUCUCGCUGACUGGCCCCUGGCUUUUAAUUCCUGAGCCCUUGGGGAUGGCUGAGCUGUGUGGCAUGGUCACAUCUCUAUGUUCUACAUCCCCAGAAGCCCCACCGUGGUCUCUCCUCCCCAUGGCUUCAGCCCGGACAUGAUCAGACCCCCAGCCCCACUCUUACAGCUUCAAUUAAUGGCCGACUAAAACCAGUCCAUUAAGAUGACUUCAGAUGAGGGAAAGGAUUUCAGCCAAUCACAGUCCAGCAGUAUUUAUUAUGUUCCCACCCCCAAAUUAAAGUGAAAAGCUUGUGCGUACAAUCACACCACGCCUUUUCCACUCUGGCCACUCCCUGUUCACUCUUUAGCCCCACCCCAAAGGAUUAAAUGAACCAGAAUGAUACGUGUUACCUCCAUGUGAAUGCAAUAUAACUUAUCUAAAGCCUUAACUGUGUAAAGCUGGUGUCUUUCUCUGCUGCCCAGACUGGGAGCUUUGCUUAGAGGCUCUGUGACGCUUCCUGGGGGUACCCAAGGUUGUGAGGACCCUUGCUACCACUUGCCCUUAGUGUGAGGAAACCUUGUCUGGGCUCCGCCAGGGGUCAGCUCCCUGGCUUCGCCAGCCAUGCAGGCUCUGCUGUUCCUCGGUAGGUUUGUGAUAGGCUCUGGAGUGCCAAACCCCUGGUCCACUGGCCACUCGUGGGAUUCACAGUACGCCCCAGCUCCCCCUACACACACAGCACUUAGACAUGUUUGUAGUGAACACACGCGCUAAAGUGCAUUUACCAAAGAGCAACGAGUCAAGUGCUGGCAAGUAGCAAGCUUGGGACCAUGGCAUUACAUGUAAAAUAAAAGCCUUCUGGAGCGCGAUUUAAUUAACAAGAUACUGGUGUUGAUAAAUUACACAGGCCAUUGCUUGACCACAGUUUGGUUCGUCAUGAAAUAGAGUCAGGAGAUCAAAUACCCAGUAUCAGUGGAUUUAUUGCUAAAAGCCAAGAAGAAUAUAGAAAAGGGAAAAGGUUCAGUACAGUUCCAGGAAGCUGGCUUGUGCAGCCUUGUUUUGUUCACCUCACACAGCCAGUGUGCUCCCAAGGUUACAGCCCUCGGUUUGUAUCCUGCCUGGUUACAAGUACAGGGUACAUGGGAAACUACAUGUAACCACU